AUGGCUGACAGUCAAGUUAGUGUAUCGUUCGCAGGAUGUGGAUUCCUUGGAAUAUAUCAUGUGGGUGUGGCUCGUUGUAUGCAAGAACACGCCCCUCAUUUGUUUACUGGUCGAUUUUUGGGCAGUUCUGUUGGUGGUCUUAUUGCGGCCUCAUUAAUAUUGGGGCAUCCUCUUUCAGUGAUUUCUGAUCUCAUGAUUGAUCUGAGCACACAAGCUCGUUGUCGUUUUUUAGGCCCUUUUCAUCCUUCGUUUAACUUGUCUAAAAUACUCAAACGAAUAAUAAAGAAUUCAUUUCCUCCUAAUGCAUAUCAACUUUGUUCUGGAAGAUUACACCUCUCUCUUACUCGUCUUUCCGAUGGCAGUAACGUUAUUGUAAAUCAAUUUGAUUCAAAUUGCGAAUUAAUUGACGCUUUAAUGUGUUCAUGCCAUAUUCCUAUAUUUUCUGGGCUGGUUCCCCCUAAAUAUCGCAGGGUUUUUUAUGUUGAUGGAUUUUUAUCUGAUAAUUUGUUGGAAUUUGACGAAAAUACAAUCACUGUGUCUCCGUUUUGUGGGUCUGUUGAUAUUUGUCCUCGUGAUUUUUGUGAAAUGCCAUUUGGUUCGUUUAUUGGGAAUACUCCAAUGCAGUUCACUCUUUUUAAUUUUUCUCGACUCAUUAAUGUCGUUUAUCCACCCUCUAGGAGAGAUCUUGCCUCCAUUGCUCGUCAGGGAUAUCAUGACGCUCAUCGUUUUAUUCUGUUCUAUUCUUCCCCGUCAUCUCCAUCUUUUCUAUGCCACUAUGCCCCUCAGUCCAGCUGUUCGUGCUGUGUGAAUGCUUACUAUAAUCCUACACAGGAUAGAAAAUCUAUGAUCUUUAAUUACUCAAGAAUUAUAUCAAGUUUCAUUUUAUUGCCACUGGAAAUGAUAAUUUCGUUUGUUUUUCGCUUUAUUGCAUAUUUUCCUGAAUUUUUUGGAGAUUUGAGGCUAUUUUUUCGAAUUAUUUACAGACAGUCUAAAAAUGGAUUGAAAAGAUCUCCUAAAAUGAUUUUAUAUUCAAAUGGGGAUAUACUUGCCACGUUUAAACUUUUUAUUUAA